AUGUUUAAUUCAGCUGUUCUGAUUCCUUUGAUUCUUCCUUUAAAUCUAUCAAAUGAUUACAGCUUUACGAUAACAACGGAAUUGCUUAAUAACAGUAUCAAGACCUUUUCAUCCUUGAUAGGAUCAAACUUUAAAUUGAAAAUUGAUUGCUUCGAUAAGCCACAAAAAAAACGGAACCUACCUAAUGAUUAUAUAGUUUAUACCUGA